CGCCACCGCCGCCGCCGCCAUGGUCACGUCUCUCCUCCGGCCGCUGGGUGCCCUGUUGGGAGUGGGGCUGCUGCUGGUGGCGCUCGCGCCGCCCGCCGCCGCCGCGCCCCGCAAGCUGCCCAGCUACCUGCACGUGUGCAAGCGCGGGGACCCGCAGCUGGAGCAGUGCGUGCUGACGGCGAUGGAGAAGAUCCGGCCGAAGCUGCUGUCGGGUAUCCCGGAGCUGAACGUGCCGUCCAUAGAGCCGCUCGUCAUCCCGGAGCUGGUCAUCCGGCCGUCGCCGCGCUUCCAGGCCGUGGGCAAGGACGUGCAAGUGUUCGGCGGCAGCAACUUCAAGGUCACGCGGCUCAGGAUCGAGGUGAACGCCACCGCGCUGAGCUUCGUGGCGGGCCUGUCGGUGCCGCACCUCAGCUUCGUCAGCGACUACCAGGUCGACGGCCAGAUCCUGGUGCUGCCCAUCAAGGGCCGCGGGCAGCUCACCGCCAACGUCAGUGAUGUCUCAGGUUCUCUUCACCUGCUCGGCAAAAUCGUGAAAAGAAAAGGCGCGGAGUACCUGCAGUUCGUGGAAGGAGAGUUCAGAUUGGAGUUGCUCUCUCCAGUGAAGAUUCAUCUGGACAACCUCUUCAACGGCGACAAAGCUCUAGGGAAAAUAAGACUGACAAUUCAAAUUAUGGAUUCGAAGUCAACAAAAGAAUGGAGUAAAGAGUAUUCAUGGUUGCUAAUGACCAAGAAGUUGAAAAUAUUUUUGAAAGAAGAAAAUCUUAUUACAACCAAUAAAAUAAAAAAAAUCGAUAUUAUGAGUUUCAAGAAUCUAUUUUUCCGCUUAUUGCCUGUUAUAUUACAAUUAAAACAAAAUUAUGUAUUUUAA